AACAGGUUUUUAGUGUUUUUAACCGUGUAUCAACGUUUCCGAAGAGAAAAAAUACUGCGAGACGAUUUUAAAUGAUGAAUGCAACCAACUUUUCUUUUCGGCGCGUUCAAAAUCACUCGCAAUCUCGCUAUGAGAGUAACGCGUCCGGGAGGUUCGCUGUGAUUCGUCUAAAAUACCGAUUUUUGUCCAAUGAGCGAAAAGCGCGCGAAACCCCCUCCCCGCCGGCGGGAGGAAAAGGGGAGGGGGUGGUGGAUAAAUUGAGGCGCGCCGGCCGGCCGGCCACUUGUUGUUCCGCUGCUGUUGUGAGAAGAUGAGCCGUUGCGAAAUCUGGAAGGGCCGUGCCCUGGAGUCGGAGUCGGAGUCCUCCUCGUCGGAGUCAUCGACGGGGACAGUGUCGUCGUCGGAGGAGGACGAGUCCAUGGUCGUCGACGUCGAGGCCAUCGAGCUUCACGCGGAGAAAGACCUCGAGUUGUCGAGCGAAGAUGAUGAUGACACCCCCGGCACCGUCGUCGACGUCGCCACCGGCCCCUCAGCAGGGGAUGAUGAGGCGGCCAGGCACGCCUGGGAACCAACACCACUUGCUGAGAAGGUGCCGGCACCACCGGCCGAGUGGCUGCCACCUUUACCGCCGGCCCUAAUAGAAAAACGAAGUCCCACAGAAGUCCACAAUCCGUAA